GGUGCCAGGCCAGGUGUGCGCGUCCGUCGGUCCUUCCGUGCCCGCGCCGGAGACCAGCCACCGGAGGCCGCUCCGGGCCCGUCCCUGUGCCCGGCACCAUGAAACACGAGUCUGCAGCCCAGAACACUCCGCCCCCCUCGCUGUCUCCUGCACCCUCCGCGCAGCCACCCCGGGAGGAUGGCGACCCCCCGGCCCUGUGGAUUUUCGGGUACGGCUCCCUGGUGUGGAGACCCGACUUCGCCUACAGCGACAGCCGUGUGGGCUUCGUGCGCGGAUACAGCCGCCGCUUCUGGCAGGGAGACACCUUCCAUCGGGGCAGCGACAAGAUGCCUGGCCGCGUGGUGACCCUCCUUGAAGAUGGUGAGGGCUGCACUUGGGGUGUGGCAUACAAGGUGCAAGGCGAACAGGUAAGCGAGGCCCUGAAGUACCUGAAUGUGCGGGAAGCAGUGCUUGGCGGCUAUGACACCAAGAAAGUUACCUUCUAUCCUCAAGAUGCACCAGACCAACCUCUCACAGCACUGGCUUAUGUGGCUACCCCACAGAACCCAGGCUACCUUGGGCCCGCCCCAGAGGAGGUCAUUGCUACACAAAUCCUGGCCUGCCGGGGCUUCUCUGGCCACAACCUUGAGUAUUUGCUGCGCCUGGCAGACUUCAUGCAGCUGUGUGGGCCUCAGGCGCAAGAUGAGCACCUAGAAGCCAUCGUGGACGCUGUGGGCAGCAUGCUGCCCUGCUCCUACCUCAACGAGCAGGCUUUGGCACUGGUCUGAGAAGCUGAGUCCUUGUCCACAUGGACAGCUGGACCAGAUGCCUACCCAAAGCUUGAAGUAAGACUUGAUAGAGCUAAAGCACUCUGAGAGGGCACAGGGGGCAGGGCACAGGGCAGCUGGGGACUUCUCAAGCUCCUGUCCGCUUGCCAGCCUCGUUUUCCUGCUUGACUGACACUGACUUACUUGAAACUUUAUUUAUUACACCAUGUUGGUGUGGCGGGCAGGGUAGCCGGGGGACCUGUCACGACACAGGCCCUGCUGCGCAGUGGCCACACCCCAGGCCUCCGGUGCCUGACCAGACUUCCCACCAUUACUGCUGCUAAUUCCACACCACCUAGGCCUCCACUUCUCCAGGAAGCCUCUAAGAGCCUUGAUCUACCUAGACCAAUACUCCUCAGCCUGGAAACAUCACCUGCCCAAGUUCCCAGCCUGCUGGUGAGGGGCUCUGCUGGCCUGAGGCCCUUGCCAGCCUUACGCAUCUACUGAACCCUCGGGCCCAGCUGGGUCUGAUGCCUGGACGCAGCUGCAGAGGCUGGGCCUGGGUUGCUCUUCCUUUUGGUUAUUCCCUCCUUCCCUCCCUCCUCUCAUCCUCUGUUGUUUGCCUUCUUGUCUAACUGGGCCACUCAUGUAUAUCUUGCCCAUUCUUGGGAAAUUCAUCACUACAGGCCCUGGUCCCUUCCC